AUGGGAUUAUGUGUAGAAGGGGACAAAUUCUUAUACGUUGCUGGAACAUUCAAUUACAUGGCACCAGAGGUAGCAGGCCUGUGGUUGGGCUUGAAUGAUUAUUACGACAAGAGAUGCGAUAUGUGGAGUCUCGGAGUAGUGAUGUUCGAAACAUUCACGUGCUCAUUGUCAGUCGUGGCUGCCACAGCUGUUGACUGCGUGUGCCUCAACAACGACCGCAAAUGCGAUUUUUGCAAGGAAGAUUUAUUUCGAGAGCUUCGUGUGGCCAUGCUAGAUAAGUUACCUGAUAACUUGAUCAUGGUCAUCCUGUCUUUUUUUCUUAUUUUGGAAGCAAAUAAAAUAUAUCGUAUCGUAUCGUAA